AUGAAAAAGGCGCCUUUGGAGGUAGCCAAACAUCCAGUUGGAAUGGACGAAAUCGUAAAAGACUUUGAAAGAAGUGGAGAAAAAUCUAUUCAGAGUGAGGAUUGUGUACAGAUUGUGGGAAUAUUAGGGUUUGGCGGCUCAGGUAAAACUACACUCGCAACAGAGCUUUACAAUAGGAAAAGAGAAAGCUUUUCCUUCCAUCGCUCCUGUUUUCUGCGUGACGUGCGAGAAGCCGCAUCCAAAAAUGCUUUGCAUAAAAAGCAUAAGAAACUGCUGCAGGAUCUCCGAAUUCAAGCUCCAUCAUUUGACGACAUGUGGGAAGGCAAGGCAAUCGUAGCAGAUCGGUUGAACAGUCUUCGUGUGCUCAUAGUUCUGGAUGAUAUAGAUCAUGACGAUCAACUGGAUGCUCUGUUGCCCUCAAAGGAUAGCCUCGGAUCAGGUAGUUUUGUCAUUGUUACAACACGUGAAGGGGACGUGCUUAGGAAGUGGGGCAUCACAUCCAUUUAUAAAAUGCAACCUCUACAACAGUUUCAUGCAAGGCAGUUGAUCUGCUGGCACGCCUUCUUACAGCCUUUCCCACAAGAAGGCUUUGAAGAUUUAGUUGAAAACUCAUUAGAUGUUUCCAAUGGGUUGCCUUUGUCUUUGACGGUCAUUGGAGGACAGUUUAAAGGUGAAACGUCCAAGGAUUGA